CCGAUCACCGAUAGUGAAAGAAAGCAAAGAUAAAGACCCUCCCUCUCCCCGUCUCUCCUGAGUAGUAGAUCUUCCAUUUGAAUGGAGAAAUUGCCCGCGGAGAUCUCUUUCAAGAUCUUCUGUCUGUUAGAUUACCAGAAUCUUGCAAAAGCCCAACAAGUUUGCAGGAAGUGGAAGGACUUGGCCUCUGACAACAUUCUAUGGUGCAACCUGUUUAGAGAGAGAUGGGGUGGAGGCCAUGCUGCAUUCUUUGCCCCCCUCCACACGAAAUCCUGGAAGGAUGUCUACGAAGUCCAAGAUCGGUGCGACCGAGUUGGAUUGGGAUUAAAGAUUAUUAGAGAAGCCAAUGAGUAUUAUCUUGUUCACCAGGGUGUAAUCCAACGCUGCUUAGGUUCAAGGAAUGGUGGAAAGGGAAUGAAUGGCCAUUGCAGUGUAAAGAGAGGAUUAUCAGGGGAAGGAUCUCUGGAGGUAGAGGAACCAUGUCUUGGGAUUUUGGAUAAGAUACUUUUCUUCAUUGGGGACUUGGAAGUUGCAGCAAGAGAUGCCAAACGGAGCCGGAUAUUGUGAUUUGCAGCAAGAGAUGCCAAACAGAGCCCGAUAUUUGUGAUUUGCGAUGCAAAGCUUACAUUUUGAAAAUUUGGGUCAUGAAGAUGUUGUAUGUUUUGUAUUUAUAUGGGAUAUGAUAUUUGAUUUAUUAUUCUAAUGGCAGGAAGCUUCUACUA